AUGGCAAACCCUGCUGUUGCCGAGUCAUCAGCAACUACAAACGGCGUGUGUGUUGACAGACGAAGCCUUUCCAUCCCCGAAAAAGAAGACGAUCUCGAUAUCCGCCAGAAAUAUCGUCCAUUUAUCCGUGAAGAUGCUGAAACGGACUGGAUUAGCGCAUUGGAGUUGACCAAAGUGCUCAAUCUGGCGGACUGUGAUCUACAAGCGACUAACAAAAGACUCAAAGUCCUUGUGUUAUAUGGAAGUCUACGUCGACGGUCGUAUUCCAAACUCGUGGCAUACGAAGCUAGCCGGAUCCUAUUUCGCUUGGGCUGUGAUGUACGCGUCUUUGAUCCGGAGGGAUUACCGAUGAAGAAUGAUGUUGAUCACGGUCAUUCAAAGGUGCAAGAACUGCGUGCUCUGAGUGCAUGGAGCGAUGGUCAACUUUGGGUUUCGCCAGAGCAACACGGCAAUUUGACCGCAGUGUUCAAGAAUCAGAUUGACUGGAUACCCCUAAGCACUGGAAGCGUGCGGCCAACACAAGGCCGAACACUCGCCAUCGCCCAGGUGUGCGGUGGUUCCCAGUCCUUCAACGCAGUAAACUCCCUCCGUAUCCUUGGCCGUUGGAUGCGCAUGUUUACAAUCCCCAAUCAAUCUUCAAUCCCCAUGGCAUAUACUCAUUUCCCGGAUGAAGGGCAACCGGAUGAUCAACGACUCAAGCACAGCGGUAACCGUGACCGUUUGGUGGAUUGCAUGGAGGAGUUUGUCAAGUAUACGAUUUUGAUGAGGCCGCAUAUAGAUCUUUUUGACGAUCGUUAUAGUGAGCGGGAGGAGAAGAGGGUGAAGGAGGCGAAGAGAAAGGCAUGA